ACACAACAGGCAGAAGAGGGUGCGUGAUCCUUUCCGGCUUCUCUCUGUGGACUUACGACUGCUUGAACAAACAAAUGGUUGAUUUUAUAAACGAACGAAGAAAUUCAGAUCAACCGUGAUGGAGCCUUUUGAAUGGAGUAACCGUGUGCACUUUAUUGUCACCUAUAUGUACGAUACAGACAACAACGGUUACUUGGAUGUGUGCGAUUUUGAGUGUCUUGCAUUGAAAUACACCAUACAAGAAGGAAAGGGAGCCUAUGAUAAGGAAAUUCACGAAAAGAAGAAACAGGUUAUGAUCAGCUUAUGGAACGAGAUAGCAGGAUUGGCUGACUUUAACAAGGAUGGACAAGUUUCAGUGGAAGAGUUUAAGCAGGCUGUCCAGAACGUUUGUGUUGGCAAGGCUUUUGAAAACUUUCCCGAGUCACUUAAGUAUGCUAUCACUUCCAAAUUCAACACUACCGAUAUCAAUGGUGACGGAUUGAUCACUGUGGAAGAAUAUCGUUUGGAGUAUGUCUCACGCACUGCUAUCGCUAGUGUCACGGAGAUAGAUGAAUGUUUCGAGAAACUUCUAAAUGACGAUGAUCGACGUUUAGGAGGAAUCAACCUGAGCCGUUAUCAGGAUCUCUUCGCGGAGUUCAUAGGUAGUCCAGAAUCUACAGUACCAGGAGUAUAUCUGUUUGGUCCUUUACCUGUGAUUGAAUAAAUAGCGCGGUCCUAUUCGCGAGCUCGUCCUUGUUGCCAUUUCUCCCACAGGAAAAAAAAUACGUACUGAAUGUUUGAUCUCCCUCACAUUGUAUUGUUUAAUAAUAAUAAUAAUAAAGAUUCCAACCGUAACAAUUGGCAGUUUGUUUUCUCCACAUGCUGGUGGAUUUCUAUGUUUCUUGUUGUUUAUUGGCUAAUAUGUUAAUUAUCACCUUUUCUUCCUCCUAUAUCUUUAUACAAGUAUAUAUAUUUAGAUUAACUGAUCCUCACAGAUUGUCUAUUCGUUAAUAUUUAUGUAUAUUUCGUAUAGUAUAGUAUAAUUUGAUGUAAUGCUAUUUUUCAAUGUUCGCCAACAUUAAUAAGAAUUUGACCAAUUAAAUGGAAUUUAAUAUUUGAUUGUUCUUUGUUAUAAUUUGUAGUACAACCAAUAUUAUAUUUAAAGUAUAUUUAGUAAAGUGUGGUAUUAUAAAAUUCACCAAAAUAACAAGUGGUUAUUUGAUGAUUGACUGAAAAUCGAUUCUGCUGUAAUCAAAGCAUAAUUUAAUUAGGGCUUGAAAGGCAACAGAUGAUUCGGUAGUGAAUUCUGAAGACCUGUGCUUUUGCUAAAUACAGAAGUAGUUGUUUGUACAAUUUUUGUAUAAAUGUUUUCAUAUUUAAUAACAACGUAUUCUUUAUGGCAACUGCUUUAAGCUGUAUUUCGUCAACUACUGGGAAAAUACAACUGCGCCACCUAGUGGGACUCAGAUGUACUGCUGUGUAUUGUGUGUACGGUGAUGUUCGUUUUUGCACGUUGUUGGUCGAUGCUGUGAUGAAUAAAGUUGCUAAAGUUUGAAGUUA